AUGAAUCCCAGUCAUGAUCUUUCUCAUCAAAACAAGCCAAAGCCAAAGGCCGUGAUCGUAGGAGGGAGCAUAGCAGGUGUGUCAUGCGCGCAUGCGCUCAUUCUGGUGGGUUGGGACGUUGUGGUCAUAGAGAAAUCGCGCAGGCCUCCGAAAGGAAACCCCACCGGCGCAGGACUCGCGUUGGAUCCGCUCUCUCAGGAGCUCAUCGGGUCCUGGACUGGACACCCUGAACUCCUCCAUGACAUCACCUCCCCUGCCGCCAUUGAUCUUAACCAAGCAAUCAAUGACGAGAAAUCCAGGAAGAUACUAGCAAGAGAUGAGAAUUUCAAUCAUAGAGCAGCACAUUGGUCCAGUCUGCAUGACCACCUGUUCUCUGCAUUGCCACCAGAAAUAUUCCUGUGGGGCCAUCUUUUCCUCUCUUUCUCCGUUUCCAGUGAUAAGCGAUCGGUCAAAAUCAGGGCCCAAGUUCUCGACACCGAAGAAACUGCGGAAGUAGACGGAGAUUUGCUCGUCGCUGCAGAUGGAUGGAACUCUCUGAUUCGCAAGCACUAUUUUCCGGACAUCAAACGAAGGUAUUCAGGCUAUUGCGCCUGGAGAGGAGUUCUUGAUACGAUUGGGAAUUCGGUUACUAUGAAAGUAAGUGAUGAAAUGAUUCAGAAGAUGUACCAAGAUGCAGAGAAAAUUUGGCAUCCAACUUUCGUUCAGGUCAUGAGAGAAACUAAAGAACCUUUUGUGAAUGCCAUUUACGAUUGCGAUCCCCCGGAACGAAUAGUUUGGGACAACGUGGUACUUGUCGGCGAUGCAGCACACCCCACAACACCACACAGCUCGAGGAGCACAAACAUGUCGAUUCUGGAUGCAGCGGUCCUAGGCCGGUGCUUGGAGAAGUUGGGGUCGGAAAAUCUGACGGCCGCUCUUGAAGAAUACCAAUCCAUUAGGCUACCUGUUGCAUCCAAGCAAGUCUUGCAUGCCCGGCGAGUCGGGAGGAUAAAACAAGGUCUUGAACUUCCUGACCGCAAAUCUUUCAAUCCUAACACAGCCAAUUGGGAGGAAUGCGAGAUGCUUCAACUGAGAGCCGUGCCCUUCUUCGGACACAACCCUUUGUUCUGA